GGGGGUGGGGAAAUCACGAGUAAAGAGAGGUAUUGCAUAUACUAUAUACUGGGGGAUGUCAGAACCAGGUUUGACGCCUGCUGCUAGCGCCAGCGGUUACCACACUCCAGAUAACCAGACGACUCGGUCCUCGUCCUCGGACUCCGUGGGCAGUUUCCACACGGCCAACCCCAUCGACUCGGAGAGGUCCAGUCCCUGGGUCCACACGGACGUAGAGGGCUGGCAGACACCGCAACCUGAAUACCUCUCAUCGUUAGAGGUAGCCCCGCUCUAAUGAGAGAUAAUUUCCUGAGAGGUUUGUUGGUCCACCAGGCACCCAGUCUGGACGGAGACAACACCCUCCUGGUAGCUGAGGCCGACAGACCACACCCCUACACCUCUCUCCCUCCACCGGGCACUGAGGAGACGGAUGAAGAGGUGACCUUGCGCAAUAACCCCAGUCCGCCUCAGGAUAUGGAGGACUCCGUGACGAGGGGGGCAGAGGGAGAGGCCAGGAACUGGAUUGGACAGCCCAAGCUGAUCCCGGCAGACUCCGACACAAUCCCUCCAUGUCCAGAAAAGAGACCACUGCCAGAAAAUAGCGUGAGAGGGGCAUCUCGUAACCAUAGCACCGGUACAGCAAUCAGAGAAACCACACCUCUUUUGCGCUCGGAUACAUCGUCGAUGCAAUCCAGCGAGCGAGAGUGUGACUGCUGCAUUUUGCUGUGAACCAUUUUAUCAGACUAUAAUCUCUUCUCUCCCUCUCACGUGUGUGUGUAUGUAUUUAUUUUUUUUAACAUCACCCAUCAUCAAUGGGACACCAAACUAGGAGGAAAGUUCGGAGCAAGCUAAGGGAAACACCUGCGUGUGUAUUUAUUUUCAAAAGAGGUUACAUCAUCAUCAUCACUGAUGUAUGUACAUAUAUGACGCACAAGUUACAAAAAGUCUUUAUGGUACACAUGUGUAUGGAACG